GGCUUUACGCAUGAAUGCACUUCCAAUGUUUUGUUGACUUGAUCGUCUGUGUGUUUUCUUGUUCUACUGUUCCCGAUUUUCGCAAAAAAUUAGGUCGAGGACGUUGUUUGCCUUUGCAAAUUAACUAGUUUCUAGAAGAUUCAUAACGUUUGUGCAUUUGAAGUGUGAAUUCUACUUUACUAACCUUCUGACUGCACUGUUUGGUGGAUGUUUUUAGCUGUGGCCCAAUAAUGUCGAAGAGUAAUCUGCACCUCAAGUCUGUUUUCAGUAAAGAACGGACUUUCCGACCAAAGAAAAAAUUUGAACCUGGCACAACCAAGUUUCAGUUGCAUAAGAAAGCACAGGCUAGCUUGCAAUCUGGGCUUGAUCUGAAAGCGAUUGUAAACUUACCGGAAGGUGAAGACUUGAAUGAUUGGAUUGCAGUUCAUGUCGUUGAUUUCUUCAACAGAAUUAACUUGAUUUAUGGAACGGUUGCCGAUUUCUGCACAGAUGAAGCGUGUCCUAUAAUGUCAGGAGGUCCAAAAUAUGAAUACAGGUGGCAGGAUAACCAUAAGUACAGGAAGCCGACCGUCCUCCCUGCUCCUCAUUAUAUACAGUUGUUGAUGGCCUGGAUUGAAGAUUUAAUAAAUGAUGAUUCAGUGUUCCCUACAAGAGUUGGGACUCCAUUUCCCAAAACCUUUCCAAGUACUUGCAAGAAGAUUCUAACGAGAUUGCACAGGGUUUUCAUUCACGUCUAUAUUCAUCAUUUUGAGAGAAUUCAGGGAAUGUGCGCUGAAGCCCAUGUGAACGCCUGCUACAAGCAUUACUACUAUUUUGUAACCAGAUAUCAUUUGGUUGAUAAAAAGGAAUUGGAACCUUUGAGAGAAAUGCAGGCGAGUAUCUGUCACAAAACUUCGACGUCUUCAAGGGGUUCAGAAAGGUUUUGAAAGACGAAACAUCCGUACUUAUUGCUUCAAACUUUCUACCGAUACUGCUCAAGUAUUACACGAAAUUAUCGCUUAAAAAGAGGAAAUUUUGUUCCUUAUUUCAGAGAAAUUUAAACGAGCUACAAUAUUAGGCUUGAUUUGCUGACUCAUUAGACUUAGGAGAGUAUUUCUUCCAACAUGAUAUGAGUGUAUGUGGUUAGAAUGUGGGGCCUGAUUUCUCAACUCAAUACUGAUAAUUCUUACUCACUAAAUCCACUUAUCGCAAAAAAAGUGUUGAAUUUUGAUUCUAACUUUGAGAAAUUUAAACCAACUCCUUAGACUCAUGAGCGAGCAGUGGUUCCCAAACUUUUUAGAAUUGGGGCCCACUAUUUAUUACUACAUCUUAUGGCGACCCAUCUCUUUUCUACAAUGUUAUUUUUGAUAAAUGAACACAAAAGACCUCUUCAAAAAAAAAUAUGGUGUUCUUCUUCAAAAGAAAAUAAAUCUAAAUUCUGUCUAAAUUUCUGGGAAACACGGUAAGAAGUGCUUACAGUGUACAAAACUGCUAUGCGUAAAAAAGCCACAUGGUCAUUCUUUGUGUAGCAAAUUUUUGUUCCUUUGAUACGAUCGUAAAAUAGAAACUUUCACACAUUAGAAUUUAAAUUCAAUUUAUUCUUUUGUUUUUUCGAAGAUUUACGUAUUCGAGUCGCCAACGAUCCUAAUAACCAGUAUAUUUAACCAAAGCUCCCUACAUCUUUCCACGACCCACUAAGAUUCCUUUUGCGACCCACCAGUGGGUCGCGACCCAUAGUUUGGGAACCGCCGCUCAUGAGAGUAUGUCUCAUUGUACUCGGUAUGAGUGUAUAUCGCUCGAUUUGAGACCUCUCAACUUAGUACUGAUAUUUCUCACCCACUAAAUCCCUUUUUUUUUAACUUCAGGGAAAUUUAAAUUUGAACCUGUUAAAUAUUGCAAUGCUAGGUUGGUUGGAUACCUCAGCUUAUAUCAGGGCACUUCUGCUUGUAUGGGUCAUAUUAUGGUUAUAUCAUAGGACACAAAUGUUAAAUUUUGAUCCUGACUUCAGAGAAAUUUAAAUUUGGACCAGCCAAAAUAUUAGAACGCUUAGCUUCUGGCUCCCUUAGCCUUUACCAGAAAGUUUUUCUGUGCUCUGUAAUUAAUUGGGUACUCGAUGCCAAAUUGAAAAGAUGCUUGUCCUUUCAGAAACAAUCCCUUUCUGCUUGUUUUGAGUGAAGGUAUGGGAAAUACCGCAGCAUAAAAAAGCUAAACUGCUGAUUUACCAAAGAUACAUCAAAUUGUUUGAAAAUUUUGAAAAUGAUCAUAUUGCUUUUGUGAAGAAAAAAUUUGCUUCAAGGAAAAAAAAAAAAGUCAUACCAAAUUGAAACCCCAACUGCCUUCUUGCUAAAUUUUUUUAAACAAAUUUUAUAGCCUACAUCGUACCAAAGUAUUCAAGCCAAAUAUAUGUUUCCCUAACAUUUUGGUUAUUGGAAAAUGAAAUCAUUUGCGUUUAAAAUUUUUUUGGUUAAUUCAUCUUUAUGUUAUCGAGUCAACCUUUUCGAUGUUUGAGUGUUUAAAGCUAAUGUUUGUUCAACUUUUGAGAAUUGUUAUUUUUUGGAAAUUAUUAUCCAAUGCUUGUCCUUAUGAUGUGCUGACCGGCUGAGAGCAGAACGAAAAUUCACUUCAUUUAAUUUGACAAAAUUUGAAAAUCAAAUAAAACAAAUCAUUUUGUCCUCUAUGUACUACAGAAUUAAAAUUGGUAAUUUUAAAAAGUUAUUAUUUUUGUAAAUUUUCAUUCAAGUAUAAUCCAAUUUAGAAUAAUGUUUAUUAUUUCAUGUUCAAAAAAUCUUGAUAAAAUCAGUUUUCAAUCAGCAAUUCGUAGUUUAUUUUUCCAUCAUAUUGAAAAUACACAUUGUACAUACAGAAUGAGGUAAAAG